CGGAAAUGGAGCUGGAGGAAGCCGAACAAGGGGAGGUGAACAAAUCCUUGAUUUCAAAAUCGUCGAUUCUUCAGAUCGUCGACGUCAAAACGUUGCGGAAGUUCGCCAUGAAACUCGAAGCGGAAGUCCAAGCGAAGAAGUCCGUCAUAUCCUUUCUGACACAGCCAGUGAUGAACCACCACAACUACGUCUACAUUCACAACCCCAGCAACGUUUGCACUCUGCACAGGACGGAGGUCUUGCUGGUCGUACCCUCCGCGCCCGGUAAUUUUGAAAACAGGGCGAAGGUGCGGUUGAGUAAGAGAGGAGGGUACGUUCGGAACUGGAGAAAUGGAGCGGUUCUGUUGUUUUUCAUCGGGAACCCGUCCAACGACGAGUCGGGGAUCGAGAUACAGACUAAGAUAGACAAGGAGUCCUUGCUGUACGGGGACAUCGUGCAGGAGAACUUCGAAGACGUUUACAAGAACAUCCGGUUGAAGGCGGUCUCGAUGCUCAAGUGGGCGAGCACGUUCUGCCAGGAGACGAAGUACGUCAUAAGAACGGACGAUGACGUCAGGGUGGACAUUCCGAAGCUGCUGUCCGUGCUCGAGGCCAAGAGCAGGCGCUACACGGAUUUCAUCAUCGGGGACCGGAAAGACGGCUGGGCGGCGGUCAGGGAUACGACCGAUAAGUAUUACCUCUCGGUGGACGAGUACGAGCCCUCGACACUGCCUCCCUUCGCGGUCGGCGGGCUGCUGGGAUACCCCAUAAGCACCGUGACGUUGUUGUAUCAGGCGGCGCUGAGGAUAAAGCCCGUGUGGCUGGACGACAUAUUUAUCACGGGGAUUUGCGCUCCUCGAGUUAACGUGCCGCUGCUGAGUGACCCAGAUUUCGUUUUUAAGCAUAAAGUGUGGUAACUGUGUGGAGG